CUUAUGGUAAAAACCCGUUCUAUAAACCUACUCACAUAUCAAAUAAACCCCAAAAUAGAACAAGCUUUCGAGAGGUUGUAAAAUUUAUUUCCACAUACACCCUCAAGUGUGGAUCCAAAGAGUCUAUUCACAUGGCUCUCGAAACAAGAACCUUGAGGGAGAUCACAACUCCAAACCUCAAUCAACAACCUUUGUGCAUCACCUUCCCUACUUUAAUUGAGGGUGUUACGUUUGAAUUGAAAUUGGACCUCAUUCAUCUACUUCCUUCCUUCAAUGGUCUACUAGGCGAAGACCCGAUCAAACACCUUUCGGAGUUUCAUAUAGUUUGUACUAGUAUGAAACCGAAUAAUGUUACUGAAGAACAGAUCAAGCUAAGAGCCUUUCCAUUCUCACUGUAGGACACAACUAAGGAUUGACUAUUCUAUCUCCCUUCGGGAAUUAUAGAUACAUGGGUGGCAAUCAAGAAGUGCUUCCUUGAAAGGUAAUAUCCCGCCUUCGUCUCAUCAUCUUUGAAAAAACAAAUAAGCAAGUUAAUUAAGCCGGAAGAUCUACCCCGGCGGUGAUGCAGUGACAAUUACAUGAUUGGCUAGUGACUGCCAGUGGUGACUCAAUGGCAGUUACUCGGACCGACAGUGACCAUCAUCGUCCAGUGACCAUCACCCACCGUCAGUUACCACCACUCGAUGCUAGUGGUACUGCUCCUUCCCUUGCCUCACCCCAGCCCCUCCCAUACCUCACCCAGCCCCCUCAUAUAUGCCUCACCCCAGCCCCAUGUUCGACCCCCUCUUUACCUCACCCCAACCCUGACCCCUCUCCCUACCUCACCCAAUCCCCUGCCCGAUCUCCCUCCCCUAUCUCACCUCAGUCUAGCCCUCCCCCGCCACUAUUAGCACCCCACCUCAUCGCCGCAAUUUGCGCUCCUCUCGCCUGUCGACGGCUAACCAGCAUCACCACAGGCUAACCAGGUUACCAGUACCCAAUCCAAACCGGCCCUAGCAAGAAACCCUAGCCAUCCGAUCUGAUCUAUAAUUUAGUCGCCACAACUAAGCCCAAGACGUCGUAAACGAAACUGUAGCACUACCGGUCUCCCGUCAGCCUCUGUAUGAUCGAACUGAAACAGAAGAAAAAGAAAAUCGGCACGGGGUAGGGCGAAAAUCGGCAAUGCAAAUGUCAAGAGUAGCGUUGAAAGACGCUGUCACACGAGAGAGAGCGGCGUGACAUUGUCUGGAGGCGAUGAUGGAAUUGUAGUGGCGGUGUGCGUCGUGGCGGUGCG